CUUUCAUUUCCUCAAUCGACAACGAGUGGAGGCGUUCGUUCGGUCGAUCGCUUGGUCACGUUCACGUCAUCUUUUAUCUUCUAAUGUCUGAUUUUUGCAUCCCACAUGCUUAGGGGUAACCGAAAUAAGAAAAAAUCAAAGAAUCCCAGAACCAGAAGAAAAGUACGAGUGAGAGUGACGGAAAUAAAUGUAAACUAGGAAGUGUGUGAACAAAGUUGAGGUAUCCCGUCCGGUUCGAUCUGGUAAAAGUCGGUUCAACUGCAAGUUCGAUACCCUUUCGUUUGAAUACCUUUGUUUUAACAUUUAGUGCUGUGGUAUAUACUUUCGUUUCGAUACGUUAUUUUGCAAGUUUUGUGUUUGAAAAGUUAAUAAGAAACACAAGCAACAAUGUCUGAAGAAUCAUCCGCUGAUCGCAACGUAGAAAUAUGGAAGAUUAAGAAACUCAUCAAGAGCUUGGAGAUGGCGCGAGGGAACGGUACAUCCAUGAUCUCGCUCAUAAUACCGCCGAAGGAUCAGAUCUCGCGCGUCUCCAAAAUGCUGGCCGACGAGUUUGGCACGGCGUCGAACAUCAAGUCGCGCGUGAACAGGCUGUCCGUGCUCGGCGCUAUCACGUCCGUGCAACACAGGCUAAAGCUGUACACUAAAGUACCACCAAACGGCCUGGUCAUCUACUGCGGCACGAUCGUCACCGAGGAGGGCAAGGAGAAGAAGGUGAACAUAGAUUUCGAGCCAUUCAAGCCGAUUAACACCUCGCUGUACCUCUGCGACAAUAAGUUCCACACGGAGGCGCUCACCGCCCUGCUGGCCGACGACAACAAGUUUGGCUUCAUCGUGAUGGACGGCAACGGAGCACUGUUUGGUACCCUGCAGGGUAAUACCAGAGAGGUGCUACACAAGUUCACGGUGGACCUGCCCAAGAAGCACGGCCGCGGUGGUCAGUCCGCGCUCCGUUUCGCCCGGCUGCGUAUGGAGAAGCGGCACAAUUACGUGCGCAAGGUGGCCGAGGUGGCCACACAGCUGUUUAUCAGCCAGGACAAGCCGAACGUGGCCGGUCUGAUUCUGGCCGGUUCGGCCGACUUCAAGACUGAACUGUCGCAGUCUGAUAUGUUCGAUCCGCGUCUCCAAUCGAAGAUCAUCAAGCUGGUGGACGUGUCGUACGGCGGCGAGAACGGGUUCAACCAGGCGAUCGAGCUCGCCGCCGAGUCGCUGCAGAACGUCAAGUUUAUACAGGAGAAGAAGCUGAUCGGCCGGUACUUUGAUGAGAUCUCGCAGGACACCGGCAAAUACUGUUUCGGCGUUGAUGAUACUCUGCGCGCUUUGGAGCUCGGCGCCGUCGAGACUCUCAUAUGUUGGGAGAACUUGGAUAUCCAGCGAUAUGUGUUGAAAUCUCACGCCACCAACCAAGAGACGAUCCUCCACUUGACGCCCGAACAGGAGAAGGACAAAUCGCACUUCACUGAUAAAGAGAGCGGCGUGGAACUCGAGCUGGUCGAGUGUCAGCCGCUGCUCGAGUGGCUGGCCAACAACUACAAGUCUUUCGGUGCGACCCUCGAGAUCAUCACGGACAAGAGUCAGGAGGGCAGUCAGUUUGUGCGCGGUUUUGGCGGGAUCGGCGGUCUCCUCCGCUACAAGGUGGACUUCCAAUCUAUGCAGCUGGACGACGAAGAGAUAGACAAUCUGUAUGAUAUUGACGAUUAUUAGACUAUAUUUUAAUUAUAACUGUUAAUAUUGCAAGUCGCAUCACUAGAGGUGCAUCACUACACGACCUCGAACUAAUGAGACUUAUCCAUGAUUUUAGGAUAAGUUAUUUCCGGGCAACACAGGUGGAGUUCUUUUUUAAUAAUAUAAUAAAUGAUAAAGGAGUUAUUGUUAACUGUUUUUGAAUCACGUAUGCUCGUAUCUCCGUCCCAUUUGGUUAUGACUAAUAGAAAUUUAUAUAUCUUCGGUGUAGUUGGCUAGUCUCUGUAAUAACCGGCCGCCAUAGACGGAAUCUUUGAACAAUUUUAAUAUUUUACCAACAUCCUGUACAUGUAAAUAACGUAUUUUUUUUUUUCAAAAUUAUAACGUUUUUUUUUU